AUGGGGAUCAAAGGGAUAUACAAAGAGCUAGGCCCUGGCAAGCGGAUAUCACUGUCCAAGCUCGCAUCCGAUAGUUUCGAGAAUCACAACCGGCCAUUCCGCCUCGCCAUUGACAUCGCCAUCUGGCAGUUCCAAAACCAAGCUGCGCGUGGCGGCACGAACCCCGCGAUUCGAACCCUCUUCUAUCGACUCGUCCGACUCUUGGGAACACCCAUCCAGCCAAUCUUCGUGUUCGACGGCCCCAACAAACCCAAAUUCAAACGCAAUAGGCGCUCAGGACGAGGUGAUGGCUUCUCAGCAGCCCAUGCCAAGAGGCUCAUUCGACUUUUUGGAUUCAUAGCGCACGAUGCCCCAGGCGAGGCCGAAGCCGAAUGCGCGUUCCUACAGAAGAAUGGCGUCGUUGAUGCGGUGCUCAGCGAAGAUGUGGACACCAUCAUGUUUGGAUGCACGCGAACGAUGAAGAAUUGGUCGGCUGAAGGCAAGGGCACACGGCCAACGCAUAUCUCCAUGUACGAUGUCGACGAAUUGAACUUGGCCAGCCUUGGCCUCGAUCGAGAGGGAAUGGUGCUAGUGGCCAUUAUGAGUGGCGGCGACUAUAUCCCUGAGGGAGUGCCUGGCUGUGGACCGAAAGUAGCGUGCGAGGCUGCCAAGGCUGGCUUUGGGAAAUCAUUGUGUCAACUUCGAGCCUCGGAUACAGAGGGCCUCCGCCGGUGGAAAGCGUCGUUGAUACACGAGCUUGAAACAAACGAAAGCAAAUACUUUCGAACUCGCCACAAGUGUCUUACUAUUCCAGAAGAUUUCCCAAAUAUGGAAGUGCUUCGAUAUUAUACCCACCCGGUGGUUUCUCCAGAAUCCAUGCUGGACAUCAUCAGACACAGGCUGAGAGAAACUAGAGAGAUCCAGUUGGAGGGCCUCAGGGAAUUUGCGAGGGAAACUUUCAAUUGGGAUUUUCGAGUUGGCGCAAUCAAAUUCAUUCGCGUGCUCAGCGAAGGUCUAUUUGUGAAUCGUCUGCAUCAGGGCGGCGUUGAUGGCGACUCUUUGGUCCAAAAAGUGUCGAGCCAGCGGAACCAUUUUAGUACAGAUGGAACAUCUGAAUUACGUCUGGCUUAUAUCCCUGAAGAGAUUGUUCCCAUCGACAUAUCGAAGGAAGUAGAAGAGCAAAUCGCAUAUGCCCGGAGCGGGCUGGCUCUCAAUAGCGAUGAUGAGUUUGCUGCAGCGCCGGGCAGCGUCGACGCGGCCGAAGAUGGCCAGAGUAGCGGCGGAAAGGUGUUUGAUAUCACAAAACCGGAGCUUACAUGGGUUUUGGAAGAGGUGGCCAGGAGAUUUGCGCCAAAAUCUGUUGAAGCCUGGGAAGACAAGAAAUCCAAACGCAAAUCGCCCUCUAAAAAGACGGCAUCGGGGUCAAACACGAAGACGAAGAAGGCGGAUAUAAUGCCUCACGGGGCCCUUGACAGUUUUGUUCGCGUCACCAAGGCGGUAGAGCCUCAGGAGAAAGCUACCAGCAGCAGUGCCGCCAAUACCAAGGGAGAUGCCGUUGUAAACAACGAAGUUUGCGAGUCCGAAGAUUCGGACAUGUCUCUUCCUCCUCUCCCUCAACCGAACCGAUUCCGCCGACCACAAACACCGCCAUCGCUACGGCAGUCCAGUAAGCAGCCCACGCCCAACAGCACAUCCCCCAGCCUGGACGGUUGGACGAUAACCAGCUCACCAGACCCAACUAGACGUCAUGACGACGCAGGAGUUUUCGAAGCUAUCGUCAUUUCGUCCAGCCCUGCCGGCGACGCAUCGCCACCUUCACGAUUUACACCACCAUCGCCAACCGCAGCCACCUCGACAAAGCGCAGUAAAGAGCUUCCUAGGUCGAUACGGUCAAUUCUGGCGGCUGGCGCUACCUCGCGGGUGACAACUGAACACAGCAAACUACCUGCCUCUUCAAUAUCCAAGACAAAACCAAAAACCUCUACUCAAGCCCAGGGAGCAGCGAAACUUCGACAGACGUCAAUGGAUAUAUUUACGCAAAAACAGCCUCAACCGAGAGUGGAUCAAACUGCGUCGUCUAGGCGCACCGAGCAUGGCCCAUAUAAGCCGACUUCAAGUCGAGAGAGUAUAGACACAGCCACGAAUAUCAAUGAAAUCGAGAUUCCAUCAUCCAGCAUUCCCAACUCAUCCCCUCAAGUUCGCUUUAAUACCAUUAAUGAAUUCUCUUCCCCUCCACUUCCAGCAUCACGCCGCACCAGGAGCCCUAAUCCCAUACCAAUCAAGAAACUAAUCGUCCCCAGCGCUUCGAGGCCUGGCUUCUUUGACGAAGUUGAAGUAGACGCGGACGAAUACGAGGAGACAGUCGCGCGAGAAGCACAAUUACUCAAAACUCGUGGUGUAAGAUCUGGCGUUACAAGAUGGAGCGAUGUGUCGUUUAUUGACUUGACGGGAGGAACAUGA